GGAUGGCCUCCUAAAUAUAUGAACAAUUAGUCGCAGCAUAUACCAAUACAGAUAAUUAAGUUAGAAUUUAAGCUGAAAAAUCAUUAGUGAAUUCUUUGUAGGAAAACUAUUAGAAUUUUUAAUUUAUUGCUUAAUUAGCAGAAUAAUAAGAUAAAAGUAUAUAUUUAUUAUUUAUAGAUAGUGUAAGAAUAGGCUUGUAAUUUAUUGAAUACAGUAGUUAUGAAAAUGCUAAAUAAAAAUACAAGUAAUAAAAAGUUUAUAAUAUUAGAUUUAUUAACAAUCCAACAUGCUACUUCUUUAAUUUCUAUAGUUACUUCAUAGAAAACGCCUUUAAAAUAUAAGCAAUCUCUCAUUUAAUCAUUAAGUUAGAUGUUAAGAAAAGAUAAAAGUAUAAUUAUCAAUUUAAUUUAGGUGUAAAGACAGAAAUCGAGAAUAAAAUGAAAGAAUAUAUAUAAGGAGACUAAUAAUGGCAAAUAUAAACUGGAAUUUUAUUUUUUAAGAUUUUGGUGGAUUCUGUUGAACUUUAGAAUUUUUCAAAUUAUCCAAAUGCUAUGCCAAUAAGUUAUGAUUGGAUUACAGAAUAUUUUAAUAAAUGCGUUUUAAUUAUGGCUGUUCUAUAAGAUUAACCAAAAGAAUUAUCAGAGGAAUUUAUUAUUACAAUGAAAUACUUUGCUUAAUCAAUAUAGGAUUUAUGUGACAAAAUAUAAUAAUAAUCUAAUGUCUCAAGAGAACCAAUACAACCAAUUUUAAAUAUUCUAUUUUCAUUAAAUUCAUUUUCUGGUUCCUUAAUUUUAUUACUUUAAUAUUCUCCUUAAUUAGGACAAUAAAUUUUAAAUUCUAUAAUUAUUAAUACUGGUAAUAAGAUAUUUGAUGACAAAAUGAAUGAAAUUAAAUUUUAUAUAUUGAAAUCUUAUAUGAUAACCUUUUAAAUAUUGCUUAAUACUCGUAAUAAGACUGAAGUUAAAAAAGGAUCAUUUGGUCCUUAUAUUAAUCCAAUUACUCAACUUCUCCUAUAUUCUAUAUUGACUUAUACAAACAGCGAGUAAACUAGUGCAAUAUUAAAGUAAAUUUAAAUAAAUAUUAUUAGUAAGCCCUAUUUAAAAAAUGUCAUUACAUAUAUUCUUAAAUUGUUAGCAAAUUUAGGAUAAUAGACAGAACAAUAUUAAUUAUUUUCAGAUUCUAAAGUGGCUUUAAUAACAGAGGUAAUAUAUCCUUAUUUAAUUACAUCUUAAAAUGAAUACAUUAAAAUGAAAGAAGAACCUGAAGACUUUGUUAAUUUAGCUCUUGAUACUGUUGAUAAAUAAGAAUCAGACAUACCUAAAACAGCUGCAGCAUAAUUGUUAGAAACUUUAUGUGAUCAUAUAGAUGGAUCUACAACAUUCUUGGCUAAUCUUGCUAUUAUUCUAUCAUAACAUUCAAUCAAUAGUAUAUCAAAUAAACCUGUUCCAUUGAAAGAUUAAUAAUAAACAUUUAUUUAAGCGAUGUCGGAAAAGUAAAUUAUUUUUUUAAUAAUAGAAAACUAUUUACUGAAUAUAACGCUGUAGAUAGACUUGAAAGUAGUUUAAUUGUACUAACAAUAAUGAGUUAUUUAAUUUAAAAGAGAUUUGAUAUAGUGAAUUUGAUGGAAUAACUUUUAGUUGAUAACUCAUCAUUUUUCUAAAAUAUUUAACAUUAGAUAAUAAAAGUAAGAUUUUCGUUAUUUUUUGGUUACUACUGUGAUAAUUUAUUUAAAAAGGAUAUAUAAUCUUAGAGUAUGCUAAUGUAUUUAUAAAUUUUAAUAAAUUUUGUUGAACCAACAGAGCCUGUAGUAUUGUAUUAAGCAAUAGAUGCAUUAAAAGAUGUGUUUGAAGAUGAGGAAUUGAAAGAAAAAACCAAAAAUUUAGUGGGAAUAGUAUUUCCAUAAUUAUGUAAUGGUUUGAAAUUUAGUAUAUAUGAGAGACAUUUUGAAAUGAUAACAAAUCUGGUAAAAAAGUAUCCAUAAGUAUUUCUAUAAAAAGAAUAGUUAUUAAUUGGAUUAGUGUAAAUUUUAGUUUAAAGAAUAAUAUAUGAAUAAGAAUAAAUAAAUUAAGGAGAUAAUCAAAGACAUAUUUAUUUAAAUAGAUGUUGGAAUAUAAUUAGAUAAUUGGGAGAUCAGGAUGAAUUUAAACACUUAUUAAUUACAUUAGAAUAAAACAUAACUUAACUCUAUUAAAUGUUAGCUACUUGUGAGAAAAUAGAUUUUGAUGAGGAUUUGAUAUUAUUUAUAUCUUUGUGUAUAUAAAAGUUAUCAUUUGUAACACCAUUGUAAAUGUAAGUGUUACCACUUUUUUAGAAUGUUAUAUAGAAGUAACAUGGUAGAUUAGGUAAUUUAUAUGAGACUUUAAAUUAUUAUAUUCAUUAUGGUAGAAGUAAUUUUGUGGAUGAAAGAUAUUAAUAAAUAUUUUUUAAUUUAGCUUUUUAACAUUUACAAUCUGAUUCAUUAAUUGAAGAUAUUGAAUAAGCUGAAGGAGCAUUAUUAAUUUAAUUAGGAAUUCAAGAACUUAAAUAAGAUUUGAAGUAACCUAUUUUAGAAACAAUAUUAAAUUAAACAGUCGCAAUGAUAUCUAAGAAAGAAUUAAAUGGUCUAUUAAGAUCUAGAAUAACUGGAAUUAUAUUAAGUGCAUUAUAUGCUGUACCAAAAUUGACUUUUGAAAUAUUAGCAGGAAUGUUUUCAGCUGUUUAUAAUUAAGUUCUUGAUACUUAAUAUUCUCCAGGUUAUGACAUUAAAUUAUUUGUUAUUACUAUGUCAUCAUUAAUUAAUAAAUAACCUAGUUUAUUAACAUCUAAAUUAAUUACUACAGUUGUCAAUAAUUUAUUUUAAUAAGACUAAUAUGAAAAAGAGAUUGAAAAAAAGAAAUUAAAUAGGUAUUUUACAUUUUUAUUGGUUUAGAUCUUUUGAUGGAGAAGAUUUUGAUGAAGAAGAUGAUUAAGAUGAUGAUUUAAGUGAUUAAGAUGAUAUUAGUGAAGCUUAAUAAUAAAUUGAAUAAUUCUUAAGUCCUAUAGUAAAGGAAGAUGAAUACUCAGAAUUCAAAAGCACUCUAUUUGCUAUUAAAUAACAGUAUUAUUAUCUUUUUUCAUUUUUUAGUUAUGCCUUCGGAAUAGAAUAACUUAAAUAAGAAUUAGAUGAUUAAAUUGUUGCUAAAUUAAAUGAACUCAUGUCUUAUGUUAGAAUUAGUACAAAUGAUGGAAAUUAAUUUUCUAGAAAAGUAUAUUUAUAAAAAUUAUCUCUAGUUAAUUAAAGCAUAAAGAAGAAAGAAGAAUAAUUGA